ACCCACCAUAAAAGCCAUUGUUGUUGCCACCGCUCCCUUCUCACUCUUCCUUUCCCCUAGGGAACGGCUGGGGCAUGACCACAGCAACUGCACGCCUCUCAGUGUAGCCCUCUCAUGGCGGCCAACUCCCCCUCCUCUUCCUCCUUCAGCUCACUUCUGCUGCUGGUCCUCCUGGCCUUGAGCUUCGUGAUCCGCCCUGCCAGCUCCGACACCGCGAGCGACCUCCAGGAGUGCGGCAGCCAGUUGAUCGGGUUGCAGACGUGCAUCCCCUACGUGGAGGGGACGGCGCAGGCGCCCACGCCAGACUGCUGCACCGGUCUGAAGGACGUCGUCGCGAAGAGCCCCAAGUGCCUCUGCAUCCUGGUGAAGGACCAUGAUGACCCCCAGCUGCCCAUCAAGAUCAAUGUAACCCGCGCUCUCGCCCUGCCCAACGCAUGCAACACCCCCGUCAACAUCUCCGCUUGCCCGAAGCUGCUGAACCUGCCACCGAACUCGAAGGAAGCCGAGAUCUUCAAGCAGGCAGGGAGCGCAGCUCAAGACUGUUGUUUCUGCGACUCUCUUCUCCUUAAUUUGCUGAUUUCUUUUGUGGUGACAACAAAAGCCAACGCCACCGCCACCACGUCUCCUCCCUCCACGCCUGCGAGCGACGGUGGCGGCAGCAGCAAUCACUCAAGGUGGAGAGGGUGGGUGGCAAUGGAAACUGUGGUGGGCUGUGUUCUUUAUACUGUGAUGCACCUUCUUCUGGUCUCCACUUGACCAAAAAACAGAACAAGAGCACUCCAACAUCCAGUACUUGCUGCUGCUUCCUCUAGUUCGUGCGCCUCCCUUCCUUGCCGUCUCCAUCAUUUGCUUCCUCAAAACCAUGUUCUCGUGAGGUGUGGUUGAUGGUAGAACUGAAGGCCUCAGUGGUCAUAAGUUAGUCUUCCAUGACAUGUACCUCAGACUUUGAGCAUAUCUGUACCUUUGAAAAGAAUCAUUUAUUGUGUGGAGUUAAACGUUAACAAGAUGGUACAUCUCAUCACCACAGUUAAACAUAA